CCGAUGCAGGCAACCAACCAAAUCUCAAAUUGUGGCGGUGGCUUAGCAGAUACUCCUAUUAUAUGAUGGUUCCCAGCAGCUGAGCUCACGCCGCCAAUGGCUUUCUUCGCCCUCUCCACUCUGCCGCCUUCCGCGCCCUUGUUUUCUACUCUUUCAACCCCCUUUAAACCCUCUCCCAUUUUUCUGCUCACUAUUCCCUCCUCCGUCAGGUCUAUGAGGUCAUCAGUGGUCGCUAUGGCUCCCGAUGAAGAGAAGAUGACCCGCCGUUCGCCCCUCGACUUCCCCAUCGAGUGGGACAGGCCAAAGCCGGGAAGGAGACCAGAUAUAUUUCCUCAGUUCAGUCCCAUGAAGACUCCACUACCCCCACCAAUGCCAGCUGAUCCUCCUGAAGAAGACGAAGAAGAUGAAGAAGAGAAAAAAGAGGAAGAGGAGGAGAACGAGGAGGAGAAUGCGGACAAGUGACAUCCUUCUACUACUCUUGCACUUGAAGAAGCAAGAAUGAUUCUUUUCUGGUGCAGAUUAUUUUUUGAGCGACAACGAUGAUUGGUUUCUGAGGGUAGAAGACAUCGGCAUGUAAAGUUGUGUUUGUAGGCUAUGCUUGUCAGAGCUCUAUGUAUCUCUAUAAAACACAUUAUAUUCUCCUUGUUACGCUA